AUGUUUAGGGCAGCCAAAUUCCAUCCUGCCGCGCGUCAGGCGAUGUAUGGCGUUAGAUUGCAGUCCACCAUACCAAUCAAGAGCGCCAAAAAGUCGCGGCCAUUUAGAAGGUUCCUGUUCCGGCUGUCCAUGUUGACGGCAACGUUCUACCUUGGAGGAGGCUUCAUUGCCACGAAAAAUGACACUGUGCAGGAUCUGUUUGAGGACUACGUUCCAUUCGGUGACUCGGUGGUGUCGACCAUUGACUACUACCUAUACCACAAGGACGAGCUACUGAACCCCUUCUCGAGGGUCAAUGACUCGUUUGCCGAGGUGAAGGAGAAGCUGGGUCUGGAGAAGACCAUUACAAUUCCCAAACAGGGUGUUCAGAGCGACAAGGUUGAAUUGAAGGAGGCCCCUGCCGCCGGCUCCACAGAAGUGGCCGUGGGCCGCAGUCUGCCGCUUUUGCAUCUCGAGUCUGGCGACGAGGUGAUCGACAGCACUGUCAAUGCUUUGAACGAGCUGAUUGCCGCAUUGAACUUGAAGGUGACCAGUUUUGAGAACCACAAAGUUGUGGAAUCAUUGCAGAAGAGCCUGCUGCUGUUGGCCGAGAAAUACCGCGCCAUCAGCUUAUCCAAGAGCCAGGAACAGGCCAGUCUCGACGACAAGCUAAAAGCUCAGCUGAGCCAGAAGGAGGUCGAGCUGACCGAGGAGUUUGUGCAAAAGCUGGAAGAGGCCAAGAAGCAGAUUGAGGAACGUCAUUUACAGCAACUGAGAGUCGAGGUGGAGGCCGCCAGACAGAAGAUCGAGCUCGAGGCGGCCAACCUGAUAGAGCAGACGAAGUUGGCAGCCAUCGACGAGUUCAACAAGGUGAUCAGCGAGAAGAUCGAUUCGGAGAGAAAUGCAAAACUCAAGGGAUUGGACGCUUUGGCCGCCAGAGUGGCCGAGAUUGAAAAAUACGAGCUCGAGCUCGGCAAGAGUGCCGGAGCGUACCUCUCGUACAAAGAAAUCAAGAAAAGUAUUAGCUCGUUGCAAAGACUGCUUUCCACGAACGAAACCUCUCCGAAACGCGGCGAAGAGCUUGUUGCCGAGCUGACCAAACUGAAACAGCUCGUUGCUCCUCUGGACAACCAACUGAUCACGGAGGCUGUGGCUGCUCUGCCAUCGAACGACAAGCUUUUGAGAAGCGGCGGGGUGCUAACUCAAUCCCAACUGAUCUCCAGAUGGGAGCUGCUUUUGCCAGAGCUGAGAUCUGUGUCUCUGCUUCCACCGAACGCCGGUCUUGUUGGCCACAUCUCGUCGCUGGUCUUUUCGAAAUUGCUAUUUGCCAAGUCUGGCAAGCCUGUCAAAACCGAAGAUGAGCUCAUUGGCAACGACAUCGAGUCCGUGAUCGCCAGAGUGAACACUUAUCUUGUCAAGAACGAGCUGGACAACGCCGUCGAGGAGGUGUCCAACAUGAAGGGCUGGGCAAGAAGACUUGCCGACGAUUGGCUGGUCGAAAGCAGACGCAAGCUGGAGCUACAAUUUUUGAUCGAUCUGGUCGACACCGAAGUGAAUGUCAGUUUGUAG